AUGGUUCCGUUUAAUAACAUCACUUCUGUCCUUUACUACUUCUACAUCGAAGAGUACAACUACAUCGGUUUCGUGAUGGCGACCAAGAUCUCCAUCGUCCUACUCUACCUCCGCAUCAUACCCGGAACCGUCUCGCCUCGCUUCCGCAUGCUCUGCCUGACCGUAAUCGGUCUGAUGCUCGCCUAUACCGUCGCCUUCAUCAUAGCUUUGGCAUUGCAAUGCAGACCCAUUUCUUUCACCUGGACGCAAUGGGAUGGCGAACAUGAAGGAGAGUGCGUCAAUCUCGAAGCCCAGGUGUACGCCGGCGCCAUCGGCAACAUCUUCUGGGACCUGGUCGUGUUCAUUAUGCCAAUACCUCGUCUCGUCAAACUUCAGGUCCGCGAUACACGAAAGAAAGUCAUGGUCAUCUUGACCUUUCUGGUCGGAUUGUUCGGCACUAUCUGUUCCAUCAUCCGUCUUCGAUACCUGACACAAUGGGGCAAGUCAUCAAACGCCACACAGCACUACAAUGACAUCGCGAUCUGGUCUGCCGUCGAAGGAGACGUCGGUGUCAUUUGUGCCUGCAUGCCUGCCAUCGCUGGCCCCUUCCUGCAUUUCCUGAGGAAGAUCGUGGGCUCAACACUCAGUAAGAACAAGAGCAAGAUAUCGGCCUCUGGUGGCAGGGCUGGCAGUACCAAGGACAGCAAGGGCGUCGGUCGCGUCCCGAGCAGUGCGGCCGAUAGCGAGAGGGGACAGGCACAUCAUGAGGCCAUGAAGCAUGGUGGGAUUUCCAAGACCGUGGAGGCAAGUAUGUAUAAUAUGCCUUACGAAACUAACAGCGAUGAUGAUGUGGAGCUCAUGGCGAGGAGUCAUGGGCAUGGACAGGGUCUGGGUGGAGAGCCAACGGGGAGGUACCAGCACGAGUACGCUGGGUCUUGGCGGUAG